UGCACCAGCUGACCGGGCCGGCCUUGAACCGCUCAUGUAGGAAAUGGAUUUGGUGUGGAAUCGAGUAAACUGGUCUCCGAGCGACCAGUGAGGCGCGUGACCAUCACCAUUGAUUCCGUAAAGCGCGUGCUGGUCCGUGCGUCAGCGUGCGUGCGUACGUACCGUACGUGCGUGGGAGCGUGUAUGUCCGAGUGCAUAUGCGGGAACGCGCGCGUGUGUACGUGUAUAUGUACUGGGCGCUCGAACCAGUCGACAGAUCCACAGAGCGAACAGCACCGCCGGCGCCGAGCCACAAGAAAGCCAAGCGGAGCGGAGCAGAGCUUAGCAGGCAGCCCGCGAGCGCUCGGCUAGCAACGAACAGCACGUUCCACAGUGAGACAUGGUCGCUUCCACACCCGGAAUCCUUCUGCUACCGCUGCUAAUAUGCCUCCGACACUACACAACUGUUCACGGAACCAAAACAGAAUGUGAGGCCAACCAGUUUCAGUGUGAAAAUGGCCGUUGCAUCCAGUCUGUUUGGAAGUGUGAUGGUGACGAGGACUGCAGUGAUGGCAGUGACGAAAGCUCAUGUGUCAAGAAGGUUUGUCCAGACACAGACUUUGUAUGUCGUAAUGGCCAGUGUGUUCCAAAGAGGUGGCAAUGUGAUGGGGAGCCAGACUGUGAGGACGGGUCAGACGAAAGUGCAGAAAUCUGCCACAUGCGGACAUGCCGUUUGAAUGAGUUUAGUUGCGGAGCAGGUUCCACUCAGUGCAUCUCCAACUUCUGGAAGUGUGAUGGUGAAAAGGACUGUGACAAUGGAGAAGAUGAAGUCAACUGUGGUAACGUAACCUGUGCUCCAAAUGAGUUCACCUGUGCCAGUGAACGCUGCAUCUCCCGAAACUUUGUUUGCAAUGGCGAGGAUGACUGUGGUGAUGGCUCAGAUGAGGUGGCGUGUGUGCCGUCUUCCUGUGGACCGAGUGACUUCCAGUGUGGAAAUUCAUCAUGCAUCCCAAAUAGUUGGGUAUGUGAUGAGGAUGUUGAUUGCCAGGAUCAGUCAGAUGAGUCUCCAUCACUUUGUGGUCGUCACCCGACCCCACCAGCCAAAUGCUCAACUAGUGAAAUGCAAUGCAAUUCAGGAGUGUGUAUUCACAAAAAGUGGAGGUGUGACGGAGACCCCGACUGCAAAGAUGGCAGCGAUGAAGCAAACUGUCCUGUACGCACUUGUGGAGCAGAUCAGUUCAAAUGUGACGAUGGGAAUUGCAUACUAGGCAACAGACAAUGUAACGGCAUCAGAGAGUGCACUGAUGGAUCAGAUGAAGUUAAUUGCAGAAACUUGACUCAGUGUCAUGGACCCGAGAGGUUCAAAUGUCGUAGCGGUGAGUGUAUCGAAAUGAGCAAAGUGUGCAACAAGAACAGAGACUGUCCUGACUGGAGCGACGAACCCAUCAAGGAAUGUGAUUUCAACGAGUGCCUAAUGAACAAUGGGGGCUGCUCACACAUCUGCAAAGACAUGGCAAUCGGCUUUGAGUGUGACUGCACACCUGGGCUGCAGCUCAUUGACCACAAGACCUGUGGGGACAUCAAUGAGUGUCUGAACCCAGGCAUCUGCAGUCAGAUCUGCAUCAACCUGAAGGGAGGAUACAAAUGUGAAUGCCACAACAGCUACCAGAUGGAUCCAACUACAGGAGUCUGUAAGGCUGUAGGCAAGGAGCCCAGUCUGAUUUUCACUAACCGUCGAGAUGUUCGUCGUCUGGGCCUGGAGAGGAAGGAGUACACUCAAAUUGUGGAGCAGCAGAGGAACACAGUGGCUCUGGAUGCAGAUUUUGACCAGCAGAUUAUGUUUUGGGCUGACCUGGGACAGAAGGCCAUAUUUAGCACUCUGCUGGACAAACGUGGCGAUGUGAGCACCCAAAACAAAGUGAUAGAAAAUGUCCACUCUCCCGUUGGAAUUGCUGUGGACUGGAUUUAUAAGAACCUGUACUGGUCUGAUCUCGGUAUCAAAACCAUUUCUGUUGCCAACUUUAAUGGAACCAAGCAGAAAAUUCUGUUUAAUAGAGGCCUGAAAGAGCCAGCUUCCAUUGCGGUAGAUCCACUGUCUGGGUUUCUGUACUGGUCUGACUGGGGUGAGCCAGCAAAGAUCGAGAAGUCUGGUAUGAAUGGAGUCGAUAGGCAGAUUCUUGUAGCAACAGACAUCCAAUGGCCAAAUGGAAUAACCCUUGAUCUAAUCAAAGGCAGGCUGUACUGGGUUGAUUCAAAGCUACAUAUGCUCUGCAGUGUCGACCUGAAUGGGGACAACAGGAAGAAAGUGCUACAGUCGUCAGACUACCUUGCUCACCCCUUUGCUCUCACUGUUUUUGAGGAUCGUGUCUUCUGGACAGAUGGUGAGAAGAAAGCCAUCUAUGGUGCUAACAAAUUCACUGGAUUGGACAUUGUGACACUAGCCAGCAACCUGAAUGAUCCACAGGACAUCAUAGUGUAUCAUGAGCUUAUUCAGCUAUCUGGAACUAACUGGUGUGCAGAGAGAGGUGCAAAUGGAGGCUGUAGCUACAUGUGUCUGCCUGCACCACAAAUCAACAAACACUCCCCCAAAUUCACUUGUCUGUGUCCAGGAGGACAGGAAUUGGCUGCAGAUGGUCUACGCUGCAGGCCUGACCCUUCUAGCAAAAGCCCCUCAAAGGAGGAUGGGAAACCUCUGUCGCCCUCCCCAGAAGCCAAUGUGAGUACAUCGAUUCAGAUAAACACCACAGCUAGAGGUUCUGCAGCAGCUUGGGCCAUACUCCCUGUGUUGCUGUUUGCCAUGGCAGCAGCAGGCGGCUAUUUGAUGUGGAGAAACUGGACAUUGAAGAACCAGAAAAGCAUGAACUUUGACAACCCAGUCUACCUGAAGACCACAGAAGAAGACCUCAACAUUGACAUCACACGGCACAGCGCCAACGUGGGGCACACUUACCCAGCGAUUUCAAUCGUCAGCACAGAGGAUGAUCUCUCAUGACAAUGUUUUUUUGUUUUUUUUUCUCCCCCCCCCCCUUUUGUUCAUUGGAGCUCAUGCCAUCCUCGUGUAAUGAUUGUCCCAUCAACAGCAACAUGCCUCCUGAAGUGCAUUUAUAGUCAGUGGUGACAGUAACUGAAAAAUGUUAUUUAUUUUGUAAAUAAUACUUUGAAUUCUGUUGCAUUGUUUUCAUUAUUCUGGUUUUCCAGCUUCUCUCCCCUGCCCUGAAAGCAGUUUGAUUUAUUUUUUUCCUCAGAGGAGAGAGUCUAUUUAUUACUCAAUAGCCUCUUGCUGAGCCGGUUCUGGUCUAUAGAACUUAAAAUCACACAGAAGGCGUCAGUCCUCCUCUCACCGAAAAGAUCAAGUCUGCUGGACAGGUUUUAAAACUAGAUCUGAAUGAACCAAGUCUAGCUUUUUUAAACUUACAGACUCUGUGACAUCAGUAAAAGGAUUUCAUUUUUGCGAUGCAUCCUAUAUGUUCUCAAUCUUUAUAUUAGUUGUUCUUGACAGCAGGAUUUCAGCAUUUGUAACCAUUGUACAUAUUUAGCCAUCAUUUCAGUCUAUCAUGAUUCUAUUUGAUGCACUUUGAUCAAAUGUUUUGUGUAAAUAAAAUUGUAUACACUUGACAUGAGCUUUUGCUAUGGUUGGGCAUUGUACCAGGGUUAUGUUUCAAAUGUACUGAAUAUAAGAGAGAAAAAUGUCCACAAUUUGCUAAAGCUAUUUUGUAUGUGUGCUGUGGCUCUUUUCUAGCCGUGUACAGUUUAAACAUUUGAAAGCUCUAUCUGUAGGGGGAAAUGAUUUGCAAAUCACUUGAAUUAAAACUAAUCCAGAACAUUGUUCCAA